AUGAACAGAACAUCAUAUGUUAUCAAUGGAUGUGCCAAGGUACUCUCGGCAUCAUCGCGUAUUAGCACACGCAACAGCAACAUAUCAAAGAUUGGCAGGAUCAACACUAGUCAUCAUAAAUCAAUGACUCUAGUGUUCUCAAACUCUGAUUGCAACAACAACAAGAGAUCAUUUACCAACAACACUAUUGGCAUUCAAAGACCAAGCGAUGAUGUCAUCUCUAGUCUUGUCAACACUCCAAUCAUCUCUCAAAGAGGCACAUUGGUCUCUCACAAAAUAAGAUCUCUCACUGACUAUUCAAGUCCUUCAACAGGAACAAGAAGAUACUCAACACAACCACCAUCACAGCAACAACAACAACAACAACCACAACAACAACAGCAACAACAACAACAACAACCUACUCAAGAACAACCAGAUCAGAAUGAGGAUGACAAUGACAAGGUACCACCCAACUUGACAUUGCCACAAAAGUUCAAGUUCAUGGUCAAGAGGUACGGUAUACUGUUUAUCAUUGUACACUUUACAAUCUAUGGCAUCACGAUUGGAUCAUUCUAUUUGGCAUUGUCACAUGGCGUCGAUGUCACACCAAUCUUUGAAUACUUUGGCAUGGAGAAGUCUGAUACUAGCAAGGGUGUGGGCGUCUUUGCCGUGGCCUUUGCCCUGACCAAGCUCACUGGUCUGGUGCGUACCCCAUUCACCUUCCUCGUCGUUCCCUUCCUUGCUCGUUAUCUUCGCAAGAUUGGAUGGAUGAAGAAAUAA